GCCGAAACUCUGGAUCCUCCACUUUUGGUUUUCGAAUGGCUCAAAUGCAUUUCAUCUUUCUGGACAAAAGGUGUGCCUGAUGACAUACGCGUUUUAUAUCUGGAGAUAUUUUGUAUUUAUUUGGAUAAUUUUGACUGUUCACCAUGGAAUCAGAAAAGCGUUGAAAAUAUUGAAACAUUUUUCCGAAUCUCGAUUCUUUAUUUAGAAUUCGACUAUACUAUCAAAAUGUCACAGGAUGCCGAUCUCUCGCCCAUAUGGAAGCAGGUCUUCGAUCAAUUAGCUUUCAGAUCCGGCACUGCUUUGGUAGCGCUCGGCCAAGCAUUCAAUCAAUACAAAUUACGUCUGAUCAAUUUAGAAUACCUGUGGUUUGACAUACGCAAUGAGUUGGAAAAAUGUAUUGCUUGUUUGGAGAACCAAGCAGAAAUUAUCACAUUUUUCGAUGACACUGAAUAUAUACUACAUUUACCGAAUCUAAACUCAAAAUGUAUAACAAAAUAUGUAUUACAAGAAACUAUAACAGAUUUCAAAAGGCGCAUUUCAUUGAGCAAAAUACCCAAACUGUUUGAAGAUGAAAAAUGGCCAGAAAUUGUGCAAAUACUAACGGAAAACUUAUGCAAUGAUGUAGAGGUCGAAAACUGUGAAAAUUGGGUGAAAAAUUUUAAAACUCAAGUCGAAAUUCUACUACAAUCGCUAUGGAAUAUGGCUGCUUUUGAGGACUGCAUGAAAUGGGCUGAGAAAUGUUUGCACUUUACCGUUGUUAAAUAUAUGAAGGAAACGAGCAAAAUACGUCAGCAGGAAUUAUGGUCGGUUGCAUUAAAUUAUAUAUAUUCAUAUAUAGAAGUAAUAAUUUUAAACGAAGGCACGGAUAUUUUGCUUUGCCUUGAAGAGACGCUGGCUCGUCUCGUGCAGAAUACGAUUUGCGUGUUGUCCUUUCAUCUGGAUAUAAAUCAACCAAUCGAUAAAAACAGUAAUCCAGAGCACGAGUUCAAUAUGAAACGACCUUUCGUCAUCUUACAUCAAAUUUUAUUGAGUGAUGAGAAUAAAACUUUAACGGUGGCCAAAUGCAAAACUAGUAGCGAUGCUGAGGAGGAAGAGGAACCUUUGCCUGGCUCCUUUACGUUAUUAUUUACAGCACAUGAGUUUUUGGGUAAAUUUCAAGCUUGCACGCGUAAUAAUGGCGAUUUUUUGCACUAUAUUUUGGAUGUCAUUGUGCCGAUAAUCAGAGCGCCACUCUACGACGCAUGUCGCGAUACACUCUACGAGUAUUUGGAGCAAGUGACUUUUUGUUUGUACGGUUAUCCGCAAAAGAAGGCGCGUUCACGUCAUCUAGAGGAUCAUGAGGCAACCAAUGUCGAAUUGAACUGGGCGAAGGCGGUGCAAGCAUUCGAUUUAUACAAACCGGAAUGUUUACCUGAAAUAAACUCUUAUAAAUUGGAUUCAAUAACAGCUGAUUUGGAACAAUUUUUCCUAAAAAUUGUGGCCUUAAUGCCAAACGAAUUGGAUCCAACGCCUGCCACAACGAAGAUAUUAGAAUUCAUUAAAGGAAAUGAUUUUGAAACACUAGAACCAGCGCAUACUUCACUGCCAUAUAAAAUACGCUGCAUUUUCUACUUACUAGCUGAUUAUUAUUUUAAAAAUCGCGACUUUUCGAAAGCUAUCAAGUACUAUACUUUGGAUUUGACAAUAAGUCCCACACGCUUCGAUUCGUGGGCCGGCAUGGCUUUGUCUAAGGCGAGCAAAAUCGAAACAAGACUUAAUGGCUUGACUCCACUCAAUCCCAAUAAUGUAUUGGCCGAAUCCGAAGAUACAAUUCGCUGUUUUGAAAUGUGUAUUUGUUUGAAUCGUCAACAAACGCUGCUUUGGAUAGAAUAUGGCUCAUUCACCUACACAAUGCAUUCGUAUUGCUCACGACAACUCAAGAAUUCAGCCGAAAGUUUAACAGCCGAUCAAUCAUCACUGCUGCAGACGCGCAAAGGUCGCGCAUUGAACAUAGCACACAACUGCUUUUCCUUGGCUGCUGCUUUGCAAAACACUGAGCAAACAGAGGGCGGGGAGAAUGAAGACUCACAUGAGGAGAAAUGGUUAUGCCAGUAUAUGCUGGGCAAAAUUGCUGAAAAGCAAAAGGAGCACCCUAAAACUUUUCUGAAUUUUUAUUUGAAGGCUGCCAAUAAUCUUUAUGAAAGCAAUGCUACUUAUCCCAUCAAGAUUAAUCAUAGCAAUCCAACAACGCUAUCUGUCGAGGCCUUAGAAAUUUUCUAUCGGACAAAUGCAUCAAUCAUAAAGUUCAUGGAAAACCAAAAGGAAAUUUCCCGCGAUAUUGGUAAUCAUAUAAGCAACGUUUUAAAAAGCUUGGCAAGCAGUCCUUUUGCUUUUAAUAAAGCAAAAAUCGAUGGCAACAGUUUAAAUGCGUUGAAGCGCAAAGUAGUCAUUGACAAGAGUGAGCAAGCAAAAAUGGCGAAAACUUGCAAGAAACCGAAUUACGGUGUAAACUGCAGUCCGGCCACGCGUACGGAGGCAACGAAAGAAGAAGUAGAAGAACAAAACACCAAAGAGUGCCCAAAGGAAGCACCCAAAGUUGCUGUACCGGCACCAGAUUUAAAUGUUGAGAAAGCUACGGUUAGUAAAAGCAAUCCCUCACGUCGUGAGUCAGAGGAAAGCGGUGUCACAGUCACAACAACCACAAUAACCAGCAGCACUACAUCGGUCACCAGCGGUACGGACUCAUCAUCAUCCGACUCGGAUUCGGAUUCCGAUGGCACUUCCAACGACUCAAAGAAACUGAAUACACCAUAUCCUGCAUAUAAAGUGGAGAAUAUCUAUAAACUAGUUGUGCAAAAUUUAGAGGAGUGUGUCACACGGUUUCCCGAACACUAUAAAUCGAUCUAUCGCCUGGCUUACCAUUACAAGAACACGCCCUUGGCAAAUUUCAAAAAUCUACAACGUUGUGAGGAGCUCUUGAUGGGUCAAUACAAAACCAGUUUGGAGAAUCAAAUCAAUGGUGUGUUUUACGACAGAAAAUGGAAUAACAUAUUUAACGGUAUUUGGCGUAUACCGUCGUCGGAAAUCGAUCGUCCUGGAAAUUUCUCAUCGCAUUUGGUUAAAUGCGCAGCAAUUGCCAUUGAAUUGCUAUACGAAACUAAAAAUCACAAAAUACUUAUCGACGUGGGACUGCAACUUUUUAAGACUCCAGAGCAAGAUAAACGUUACAUAAAAGAUUGCGAGCGAUUGAAACUCUCCCAACAAGCUUUGAAUUAUUGCGCGCAAAUAAUGCGUGAUAUACUCAAGCAAAAUGUGGAGAAUCGCAAUGAUGUAGAAACGUUAAAUCUUCUAAUCGACAUAUACAAAAUUCAUAAGAAGUGUUUAAAAUAUAUGAACCAAAAGGAAUCACUCUUCACCGAUCUUAUGGUCGAUGUUUAUAAAUUUUAUAUACAAAAUAAAGUCGAUAAUGUGCCAGAGAAUCUAAACUUUCUCGAUUUGGCUAUAAAGCUGUGCCUACAUGAAAUCGCUUCACGUCGUAAUCAGGAGAAAAUUAAUAGUAACGAUUGUGAUCUAUCACAGAGUCUAAUAAAUCCAACAGCACAGGCGUUCAACAUGAAACCCAAACAAGUUUACAUACCCGGUUUGACGAUGCGUCAACGCGCACGUACCAGUCUUAACAAAAGUAUUGAGAGCGGCAUUGGCAGUGAAAAUAUGCCUGGCAUGGGGGGCAUGCAGGUGCCGACAACGUCCGGUGAAUCUAUUUGGAGCAAUUUACUUAGAGCAGACUUCCUAUCUUUGGAAAUGCAGCAACUCUUGGAAGCAUCUAAACAAGUUAUAGAAAGCAAACAACAUGAUCCACAAUUCAUGAGGGAAGUGCUAGAGCAAUAUAAAGCCUUGUUUCAAGCUUUACCAAACGAGCAAAUGCCUAGCAUUCCAAUGCCGUCAGUGAUGCCACCAAUGCCCAUACAACCGAAUCCCGUGCUCUCUUCAAUGAGCAAUUUGUCGACGUUAGCACCACCGAAUCCUAUAUUUCUAUCAGCUUCAUUACCCAUGGAAACUACAAUCACACCGUCCAUAACGAAGAAUCCACAAGACGCCACUGCCAUGACACAAACAUCGAUUAGCGCCGCACAGUCACUGGCCAAUUACGACAUAACAAUUACACCUUUUUGCGGCAUCAAUACAACAAUGCCAAUGAAUAUGCCGGUCGUCUCCACUGUCACCGCGAGCAAUAAGCCCAUCGUCAGCGUCAAUCCAACCGAUACAAAUAUAGUACAACCAUACAUUUACAACGCCACUCCAGCUGUCUCAACUGUCACGCAUGCGCCACCAGCGAGCUACGCCAUGACUAUGAGUAGUCCAACAACGCAAACGAAGCCAACAAAAGGUUGUGGAACGAAAGUGGGUAAACAGUUAAAUGUCGCGAAUGCGCCCAUUGUCAAUCCGUCGUUAGCGACUUUUGGUGGCAGCGACUUGUACAAUCAACAAAUGCAAAUGUUUAUGAAUCUAAUGCAAGAUGGUAAUACCUUCCAGCAGCAACCGCAACCGCAACAGCCAUCGCCACAACAGUUAAAAAACUUUUCAAUACCGACACAGCAGAAGCCACGUACCGCCGCCAAACGCAAACCGAAACAAACAAUGCCGAUCAACACAAUUAGUUCGAAUAUUUUACCCAACACCACUGCCAUUAAUACACUACAAAUGCCCAAACAGGAAACAAUGAGCACACCACCAAAGGUACUGCUUGGUGAGAAUCAUCCAUUAUAUUGUCCUACAAUGGAUGUAAACAGCGCUGCGCUUAAACAAUUUGGGGUAAACUCGAUGGCAUUAACUAGUCCGUUGCCGGCACUAGGAACCACAACGCAACCAACUACAUUUACACCAACGUUGAGUUCGCCGCAAGCGAUUUCCAGUCAACCAACAACACCAACGAAGACUUUACAGCAAAAAUUAGCCGAACGUAAGAAGGCCAAUCAACAACAAAGUGAAACAUUGAGCUCGCCCAAUACUAAUUUACACAUAAAUUCAGAAGUUAUAAUAUUAGACUGAUAGUAAGUUGUAAGUUGAAUGCAUACAUGUUUGAAUGAAGGCUAAAGUCCUAAUAAAUUAUAUAUACCAAGAAAAAAA